AUGUUCAUUAAUCGCUGGUUAUUCUCAACAAACCACAAAGACAUUGGCACGCUCUACCUCCUAUUUGGUGCCUGAGCCGGGACAGUAGGAACAGCCUUAAGCCUUCUCAUCCGAACUGAGCUAGGCCAACCCGGGGCUUUCCUCGGCGAUGACCAAAUCUAUAAUGUCAUCGUAACCGCCCAUGCAUUCGUGAUAAUUUUUUUUAUAGUUAUACCAAUUAUAAUCGGGGGUUUUGGCAACUGACUAGUCCCCCUUAUAAUUGGAGCCCCUGACAUGGCAUUCCCCCGAAUAAACAAUAUAAGCUUCUGGCUCCUUCCUCCGUCCUUCCUACUUCUACUCGCCUCCUCAAUAGUAGAAGCCGGGGCUGGAACGGGCUGAACAGUUUACCCACCUCUAGCUGGUAAUCUAGCCCAUGCCGGUGCCUCCGUAGACCUCACUAUCUUCUCCUUACACCUAGCAGGUAUCUCCUCAAUCCUAGGGGCAAUCAAUUUCAUUACUACCAUCAUUAACAUGAAGCCACCAGCAAUGUCCCAAUACCAAACUCCCCUAUUCGUGUGAUCCGUCCUAAUCACAGCUAUUCUCCUUCUCCUCUCACUCCCCGUCCUAGCCGCCGGCAUCACCAUACUACUAACGGACCGAAAUUUAAACACCACGUUCUUUGACCCUACGGGAGGAGGGGAUCCCAUUCUAUACCAACACCUAUUCUGAUUCUUUGGGCAUCCCGAAGUCUAUAUCCUUAUCCUUCCCGGCUUCGGAAUAAUCUCCCACAUUGUAACCUAUUAUUCAGGCAAACAAGAGCCUUUCGGGUAUAUAGGAAUAGUCUGAGCUAUAAUAUCCAUUGGUUUCCUAGGCUUUAUCGUCUGAGCCCACCACAUAUUCACAGUAGGGAUAGACGUAGACACCCGAGCAUACUUUACAUCAGCCACGAUAAUUAUUGCAAUUCCCACGGGCGUGAAAGUAUUCAGCUGACUUGCUACACUGCACGGAGGAAAUAUCAAAUGAUCCCCCGCCAUACUAUGAGCCUUGGGUUUUAUUUUCCUAUUCACAAUCGGGGGCCUAACAGGAAUCGUAUUAGCUAACUCAUCACUGAAUAUUGUGCUACACGACACAUAUUACGUAGUAGCACACUUCCACUAUGUUCUAUCCAUAGGAGCAGUGUUCGCUAUUAUAGGAGGCUUUGCCCACUGAUUUCCCCUAUUUUCAGGCUAUACCCUUAACACCACCUGAGCUAAAAUUCAAUUCCCAGUAAUAUUUGUAGGUGUAAACCUAACAUUCUUUCCACAACACUUUCUGGGUCUAUCAGGAAUACCACGGCGGUACUCCGACUAUCCAGACGCAUACACCACAUGAAACACGAUUUCAUCCAUGGGGUCUUUCAUCUCUUUGACAGCGGUCAUACUUAUAGCCUUUAUAACAUGAGAAGCUCUCGCCUCAAAACGAGAAGUCUUAACGGUAGAACUCCCUACCACAAACCUAGAAUGACUGCAUGGCUGCCCUCCUGCUUACCACACGUUCGAAGAAUCAACAUUCGUAAAGCUCAACGAGAAAGGAAGG